GUGCCUCUCAGUGUGAUGAGAAUCAGUUUCGCUGUCCGGACACACAAUGCAUCAACGCUGGCAACGUUUGUGAUGGCGAGUGUGACUGUCUGUCUUGUGCUGACGAAGAUAACUGUGGUAACUGUACACCAGACGAGUUUACGUGCCACAACGGACAGUGUGUGCAGUUGUCCAGUAGGUGUGACGUCAGCAGAGACUGCAACGACUGGUCGGACGAAAUUCAUUGCG